AGCGUUCCUUUCUGAUCUCGGCGUUUAUACAGGUCUGACAUUUUCCUGUCACGCAUUGCACUGCAACCCGGACUGAAAUCUGAAAAUGAAUAUGCCACUAAAUUUGCUUUUGAUAUUCUGCUUGGUAGCUUCAACGACUGCACAAGAUGCUUUUGAGGGGUCCGGCACCGCCACUACGCCAGAAGGUCCUGAGGGGUCAGGGACUGAUACCACGGACCCACCUGGUACCACAGACAUUCCUGCCACUGUUCCACAAGGUCCAUGUGCUUCAAGUCCUUGUAUUGGAGAGAGUACCUGUGAAGAACGGUUUGAUGGCACAUUUGUUUGCAUAUGCCGAGCUGGGCUGGUUUACGAUCAAAUGAGCGGCUGUGUUCAAACCAAGGUCUUCCCUGGUACUUUAAGAUUAUCUGAUACGUUUGAGCAAGAAAUGGCUUAUACAAAUUCUAAGGAUUUUCUAACUGUUUCUAACAGAAUACAGAAUGAGCUCAGUGGAGUUCUUAAUGGUAAUGGCUACAUACGUUCCAUCGUUUUGAGUCUACGUCAAGGCAGUGUAAUUGCAGACGUGCAGAAUUUCUAUGCCUUGACAUCCACUAUCACAAAAGACAAGGUUCGAUCUCAGAUUUUGGAAGCAGUUCUUGAAAAUAAAAUAACGGGUGCCACUGAAUUCAGAGACAGCUCAGUGUGUGAGCUUGGAACUUGCGACAGUCACACCACAGAAUGUAAUGAACAGGUUAGCGGUGUUGCAAUGUGCACUUGCAAAGAAGGAUAUAUCAGGUCACAGUCCACAUCUCAGGCCUGCCUUGCUUGUCCAAAUGGAGAAAAAGCAGUGAAUUCAGAAAUCUGUGCAAAGUGUGGAUUUGGCUUUGCUGGGUUCAACUGCAGUGAUCCAUAUCUUUUGGUUGUGACUGUGGUGUCCACUGUGUUGGGUGCAUUACUGAUCAUCUUUAUUGUGGCCUUUGCUAUAAGCUUAAGCUCUAAGAAUAAAAAGGGAAGCUCCUCAUCUGAGGUAGACUUUAGCUCAACCUAUGGAACUAAGCCAGUACAUAAACCUAAUGGAGUUCUCAGGAUUCCUCGAGCCAACCCUGAUGCCAGCUGGAACUCUAACAAUCUAGAGAUGACCGACAGUGGAAGCAAUCAGGCACUGGUUAUUAAAGAUCGCCCAGGAAGCAAAGCACGUUACAGUGAGUAUAAUGAGGACAUGAGCUCGAAGGGUCAAGUUCCAGCAUACUCUGGUUAUGGUGGAAGAAGAGUGGAAAAUGGUAUCAACAACCCAUAUUUUCGACAAGAUGACAACAGAAUGCCCAGAUAUUAGCUUCACUUAACCAGGACAAUUGGAUGCAGAUGAUUUUUAUUCAUCUUUAUGUGUAAUGAUUUUUUAUUUCUUUGUUGGCCAAAAUUUUUACAAAACACAGCUGUUGCCUUUUUAUGUACAUCUUACUAUAGAACAGAACUCAAAUUGACUCUAUAUUUCCGUUCUGUGGCAUUAGCAACUAAUGAAAUUCAGCUCAUGGGCUUUCUCCUUGAUCUAAGUCUUUCCUGAACCGUUGAAUGGAAGCUGCUUUGCAUGGGACUCCUAUUCUACAUUUAUAUCUUAUAACCUUAAAAUCUUUUAUUUCAACAAAACAUUUUUUAUGACAUAUUUUUGGGUUUUGUUUGGUUCUAGUAUUGUAAAUGGUUGGGCUGGUACUCUGGUAUACACAAUAUAAAUAAAUCUUUUAUCAUUUAUUUUGAGAUACUUAAGCAUUAACAUAACUUAUUCAGGGAGAGAAAUGAUGAUUAACUGUUUCAACUGUGACUAUGAGAUUUGAUGUAUAAUGUCAUAACUACGGCAAAUGUACGAAUUAUCUUUUUAAGAUAUUAAAAGCAGUAUUUUUUUUAAAUAGCCAAUAAACAUUUAAUUUUUCAUUUUCAAA